AGUUACACCCAAAGAAGAGGUAAACUCAGUCACGCAUGCGCAGUAGCAGCUACGUGCCUCCAGCCAGCACAUUCUUGCUCUGUAGCUAGUCGAAGCUAAAAGGCUAGCCUCUGUCUGCUCUAACGGUCCGAUCUAGACCUGGUCCAGACUCCAGGCCCAACUCACGGUAACACGGCACCGGUUCGGACCCGGAAGCUGUGCUGACUACUGACUGAGUACAGCUACAGUUGGAUCGGCUGUUAGCUUCGGCAGGUAGCGUUAGCUUUAGCUCCGCUUCAGCAGCAGGCAAUCAAAACAGAGCUAACAGGAGCUAGCAACAUGGCGACGGAGGAGAAGAAACCAGAGACAGAAAACAUCAAACAGUCGUCGUCAGGCUCCGGCAGCAAGUCGAAUCCGGCCAAAUCAAACUACACCGUGAAGUUCACGCUGGCUGGACACACGAAGGCCGUCUCAUCUGUCAAGUUCAGCCCCAACGGAGAGUGGCUCGCCAGCUCCUCUGCCGAUAAGCUGAUCAAGAUCUGGGGAGCGUUCGACGGCAAGUUUGAGAAAUCCAUCGUCGGACACAAACUGGGUAUCUCAGAUGUCUCCUGGUCAUCAGACUCCAACCUGCUUGUUUCUGCCUCCGACGACAAAACGCUAAAGAUCUGGGACAACAGCUCUGGGAAGUGUCUGAAGACUCUGAAGGGUCACAGUAACUACGUCUUCUGCUGUAACUUCAACCCUCAGUCCAACCUGGUGGUGUCUGGAUCGUUUGAUGAGAGCGUUCGUAUCUGGGAUGUUAAGACAGGAAAGUGUCUGAAGACUCUGCCGGCUCACUCUGACCCCGUCUCUGCCGUUCACUUCAACAGAGACGGCUCGCUCAUCGUCUCCAGCAGCUACGAUGGGCUCUGUCGUAUCUGGGACACGGCGUCGGGACAGUGUCUGAAGACUCUGAUUGAUGAUGACAAUCCUCCGGUGUCUUUUGUCAAGUUUUCUCCUAACGGAAAAUACAUCCUGGCUGCUACGCUGGACAACACACUGAAGCUCUGGGACUACAGCAAGGGAAAGUGUUUGAAGACGUACAGCGGCCAUAAGAAUGAGAAAUACUGCAUCUUCGCCAACUUCUCUGUCACCGGAGGGAAGUGGAUCGUGUCGGGCUCCGAGGACAGCAUGGUCUACAUCUGGAACCUUCAGACCAAAGAGAUAGUUCAGAAACUACAAGGACACACAGACGUGGUGAUCUCGACCGCCUGUCAUCCGACAGAAAACAUCAUCGCUUCAGCCGCUCUGGAAAACGACAAAACCAUCAAACUGUGGAAGAGUGACUGUUAGACGGCAGGAGGCCCUGGAACCUGAACUGUCCUGCUUCAACACACACACACACUAGCUCUGAUAUCCACAUGAACCCCGAGUCAGACCCGGUCCCGCUGUGAGAGACUCCUAUCACAGGAUUUCUGAGUCAGGAUUGGUUGGAAGUCAAGCUGGAAAAUUACCAAACCCUUGUUUCUAGGGCCGUCUUCUUGUUAAAAGAGCAUUUCAAGUUCACUGUUGACCCCCCCACACCUUAUUAAAUGUUAUUUCAGCUUCAUUUCUCAUCGUGCAGAGAGCAGUUCAGUCCGUCUGCUACCCUGUCUCAGUCCUCGGGUAGAGCAGAGCUUUUAUUCUGCUCAGAUGAAGACAGGAAGAGGCUUUUAUUUUGAAUUUCCUCUAGUUUACGUUUGAUCAUAUUGUAGCUAAAAGCCGAAAUGCUUUCUGAUCAGUGUCUGCUGUCAGUGCUAAGUCAGCACUUCCGCCCUUUCACAUUAAAAGACUUCCAUUUGUUGAGUUUUUAAAAUAAAACUACAGAAGUUAUGAAUUUCUCCUUUUAAGAUCGAGAUGUAAUCAUGCCGUUUUUGUUAGUGAUGUAAUUAUAAUUAUCCAAACACAGUCAAGAAAAAAGUGAUAAAUAUUGGGGGGAGGACUAACUAACUUUGUACAGAGAAAUGGAAGCUGUUCUUUUGUUUAAAGAUAAAAUCAUUUAAAACCAUCUGGGUUGAACAAAUAAACUUACCUUUUAAUUUAAAUUCAAACUAAAAUCUAGUUCAUCAGCUGAUUGUGAAGCCGGGGCACGCUGCGUUCACUGACUCGCCGGUCUGUUGGAAAAAAUACAUCUUCAUCACAGUGCAGAAAAUCAAUGAUCAAUAAUGUUUGGAAGGAUUUCAUCAGUGAUUUGUAAAUAAAGAUUUUUUGACUACGGUG